AUGUUCAGAUUUGUAUCCUUGUUUGCCUUGUUGUCUGUGGCCAUGGCUGCUCCUGGUUUGGUAACGGAAACCCAUGUGGUGCAACCUGUUGUAACCAAAGUGGCCCAUACCAUUCCCACCGCAGUGUCCCAUCAAAGUUUCAGUCAAAUCCAUAGCAAGACCCAUGUUGUGGCUCCCGUUGUGAAGACUGUGGCUACUCCCGUUGUCCACACCUAUGCUGCAGCUCCUGUUGUAAAAACUGUAGACCCAGUUGUGCCUGUGGUUAAAACCGUCGCCCCUGUUGUGCCUGUUGUCAAAACUCUAGCCCCUGUUGUUCCAGUGGUCAAGACCGUAGCCGCCCCCGUGGUCCCAGUUGUGAAGACUGUUGCCACCCCUGUUGUUCACACCUACUCUGCUCCAGUUGUGAAAACUUUUGCCACCCCCAUUGUCCACACUGCCCCCGUGGUUAAAACUGUUGUGUCAUCCCCCGUUGUUCCUGUCGUCCAUGCUGCUCCCGUCGUUAAAUCUGUGUUCGUCCAUUAAAAACGAGAAAGGAGUUGAAUGAUCCAA